CAAUGUGACAGAUGAAUUUGGAAGACUUGGUUAACAUUAUAUAAUUAAAUAAAUAUGAUUCUGUUCCUGAUAGGGCUAAGUACGUUUAGCAUAGGACUAAGCCAUGCUUCUAUUUGUCAUAGCUUACAGCAAUCACAGCUGGCAUCGCUCAAUGAGCGAAUGAAUCAGAUGAUCAACGCGCUAUACCCAUUCUCCAAGGCCAAGUCGUCUGAGGCAUCGUAUCAAAGUUCAACACCCGCGCCGCCCAGUGAAUACUCUACAGUAGCUCCGUACGACCCGUCGUGCUACCAGUACCCACCUUCACAGUACCAAGCGCCCUUGCAAGGGUACCCCGCGCCGUCACCACAACUCAUCUACAUGUCACAGCCUCAGUCUUCUUCAACAGUAGCCAUAUCUCCACCGUCAGCUGGAAACCCGCCUACAGUCACGAUAUCUACUACUCGGUCAUGUUACCCUCCCCAAGAGUACGCGUAUGAAGCGCCUAAAUACCCGCCCCAGUAUUACGAGUACUCGUACCCUCAGUAUGCGCCGCCACCGCCGUAUUCCGCUUCGCAGUACACACAGUCGGAAUGUAGUUGUCAACCGGAGUAUCCUCCGCAGCAAACUUGUCCUCAUAGACAACCCGCGCCGCCGACGCAACAGCAGCCGGAGUAUCAGAACUGCCCACCAGCGCCGCCGUGCUCGCCACCGCCGCCAUAUCAGCUCCCUAACUACCCCUCGCCUCCAGCAUCUCCAUACGUACCGCCACCAGCAUCUCCAUAUACGCCGCCAUUCGCCCCGCCGGCGCCGCCAUCUUACCCACCGCCACCACAGUCUUACCCACCGCCGCAGUCUUACCCACCGGCGCCGCAAUCUUACCCACCGCCACCUCAAUCUUACCCACCACCUCCGUAUACCUACGGACCGCCCGCGUACCCUGCUCCGACAAACCCUCGAGACCUGAUUCCGAUGCCGCAGUUUUAAGUUAUUUAAUUUAAAUAAUUUAUUUCAUAUUUAAUAUUAAAAUUCUGCAAUAAAUGCUGAGACCUAA